GCUGAUGAGCUUGUGGGAGUCAAAGCAGAGCAUGCAGAGAUGUUCUACCUGCAGAAGACAAGGAAAUUUUUUGAGGCAAACUGGCUGCUACGGAGAUGCGCUGCAACCUGGAAGAGCUUGCCAGAUAAAGCUUCAUUUGCAAACAUACUGCGGAUGGAUGAUAAAACGCUCACUAAACUGACUUUCCCCCUCCAGGAUCUGGAGAAAUAUUAUGUGUCCAAUGUGAACACUGAAAACUUCCGGAUCUUCAACCCCAGCCUGGAUUACAUCCAGUGGGCAGAGUUGCUUUUCAAACCCUCGAAAGACCAUGAGAUUGAUUAUUUCAGUUCUGCCAUCCGCAUGGAUCACGCUCCACUACUGUCGCAGCCUGAGGUGUGCUUUAUCGGCCGAAGCAACGUUGGGAAAUCCUGCUUGCUAAAGGCUUUAUUUUCUUUGGCUCCAGAAGUUGAAGUGAGAGUGUCAAAAACUCCGGGUCACACCAAGAAACUUAAUUUCUUCAAGGUGGGGAAACGUUUUACAAUGGUGGACAUGCCUGGCUACGGAUACCGAGCCCCACAGGACUUUUCUGAGAUGGUGGAAGUCUAUCUACAAGAGCGGAAGAACUUGAAGAGGACAUUCUUAUUAGUGGAUGGUGUAACAGGAAUUCAGGAAGUAGACAACACUGCUGUAGAGAUGUUGGAAGAGUUUGGGAUCCCUUAUGUGCUCGUGUUAACAAAAAUUGACAGAGCUCCCAAGGGACUGCUACUAAAAAAUGUACUGGCGAUCCAGGACUUCGUAGAGAAACAAACUCAGAGAUGUUUUCCUCAGCUCUUUCCAGUCAGUUCUGUAGAGUUUUCUGGGAUCUACCUGCUGAGGUGUUUUAUAGCACAUGUUACAGGAAAUCUAUCCAUUACAGAGUCCUGAUGACAACACACAUGUCCCUAACCACAACUAUCCUGUUGUACUCACUUAUCCGCCAUAAAAGGUACUAAAGCCCUAUGACUGGAUUUUGGAUUUAUGAGUUUGUAAAUAAUAAAAACAUCAAACUAAUUCCAGUAUUUUAUUUUAACUCACUGGGUAGAAAGGUGGAAUCUUUGGUUUAAAUUAUUCCUAGAACAGAUUAUUUUUCAGAUUUCAAUCAUUAUUAACUUCAUUAAAAUAUAAUAAACAUAUUUUAUAAAUGGUUUAUAUUUCCUUCCCUUCCUUCAUAUGAAGGCAGUCUUGAAUGUGAAUGCAUACAUUCUAGAAUAUAUGGCUACAGCUGGAGGUGAGCAAGACCCUGAGCUCUUUGAGUUUUAAGCAUAGCAUCCUCCUUUCUUAGCUAGAUCAAGAACAUCAUGUAGGUGUGUUUUUCCCCUCCAAUUAGUCAUUGCUUUCUAGAUCUCUUUUAUUGAGGAAAUCAGGGGUACCACGUGGAAUUCAAGCCUUCUGAUAAAUCCAUUUAGUUCUAAGUUGAACAGGAAUGCAAGUCUUGAUUUAGUGAGGACAAGAAAAAAGCAAGCACAAAGCAGUCUUUCAGAACCAUCCACCUAAUUUUGAUUGCAACAAGAGUUGACAAGGACCCAACCACUUAUAUCAGGUGUAGGCAUCAAUUAAGUAUGCAGAUGUCACAGAUGGUUUCAGUGGCUGAAAUCUGAGAAGUUCUAGUAAAGAUUUUUGUCCCCACUAAAAUGAAAGUAUUUACUUAAUGCUGAAUAUUUCAAAUAUUUAAACAAUUGACCAUUUAUAAGAACAUAUAUUUGUAAGAGACAGAAUACUUCUAACCCGCCUUGCAGACCAACUGUGGAAUUGGACAUACAGGAGUUUCCCUGAGCAUAAUAAAUCAUUGGACAAGACAAGAACCUGGUUCCAAUUCUUCUUCUGGAGCUAAUGAACUUCAAACAUCUGUAGCAAAAUAGGUCAACCUCUGGCUAUCCCCAGUCCACAGACUCCGGAAGGAGUACUUGAUUUCUCAUUCAUCUUGCAGGAGUGUACUGUGACUGUCCACCCUGCUGGUUCUUGAACUC